GUGGCCUCGGGCCGGAAGUGAUGCAGCUACUUCCGGCGCGGGCGGCCGCGGCGGGUCUGCAGCUAUGGCUCGGUCCUGGAAGCUGAUAGGUGCGACCCUUCGGUGUCAGAGGUUUCAUGCUGCUGGGAGUCACUGCAAGGGUCGGACCGGGGCUGAGCACCUGUGGCUGACGCGCCAUUUUAAGGACCCAUUCGUGAAGGCUGCGAAGGUGGAGAGUUACCGGUGCCGAAGUGCCUUCAAGCUCCUGGAGGUGGACGACAGGCACAAGAUCCUGCGGCCUGGCCUCCGGGUGUUAGACUGUGGGGCGGCCCCCGGGGCCUGGAGCCAGGUGGCCGUGCAGAGGGUCAACGCUGCGGGCACAGAUCCCAGUGCUCCCGUUGGCUUUGUGCUUGGGGUUGAUCUUCUUCACGUGUUCCCCCUGGAAGGAGCAACUUUCCUGUGCCCCGCUGAUGUGACUGACCCAAGAACCCUCCAGAGAAUCCGAGAACUGCUUCCUGGAGGGAGAGCAGAUGUGAUUCUGAGUGACAUGGCACCCAAUGCCACAGGGAUCCGCAGCCUGGAUCACGACAGGCUCAUUGGCUUGUGCUCGUCCCUUCUGGACCUCACUCCAGAUGUCCUGGAGCCUGGCGGAACAUUCCUUUGCAAAACGUGGGCUGGAAGUCAGAGCCUGGCGUUACGGAAGCGACUGACAGGGCAGUUCCAGAACACCAGAACAGUGAAACCCAGAGCCAGCAGGAAGGAGUCGGCAGAGGUGUACCUCUUGGCCACACAGUACCAAAGAGGGAAGGAUUUUGCGGAGGACUGAGAGUUUCUUCUGUCAUUUCUGAGCCUUGUUCACUGCAAGUGUCAUCUGAGCUCUUGCCAGGAGUGUGGCAGGAGGGCGGGGAGUGGAUUCAGGGCUUGACUGGGGAUGCAGGAGGCACGAUAAGUGGACCUUUGUUUGAAGCCAAAAAGGUACAACAAAACAAUAUUCGCUGGCCGGGAUGUACCAUCAGAAACCGUCUCUAGGAUGUGAUUCGUGAGGCGGAGAGGAAAGGAUGAAAGGACAGUGGCAAGGUGCUGGCAGCACACUUGGGCCUUGGUGUGACCUUCAUGUAACUGUCACAUCACAGAGAAAGUCCACUCCUGCCCCUGGACCGACUGACUGCAACAGUCAGUCUUCUCCUUGUCAUUUUGCUUAUAUAGUGCUAAGUGUGCAGACCUCAACUUUCCACUCUGGUGGAUGAUACGUUAAUCCCAUCUUCAAGUAGCGGGAGUUCCCCUGCGGUUAGGGAAGGCAUUUGGUGUGAGUUACCCAUGGGGUGGAUGUGCUUUGUUUUGUUCCUGGAAUCCUGGAGGGGUCCCCAAGACUGGCAGUGGCCCGAGCAAGCAACCAUGUAGUGUGUGCAUCUAUUUCCUUCUACUCUCUUCCAGGAACUCAAUGAGGCUUUACAGAACAAUGUAGACUGUGCGAUUUUAAUGGAUUUCCAUGCUUUUAAGUUUGUUUUUAUAAAAGUUGGUUUCUCCAAAGCCA